ACACAUGAAAGCCGUGACAGGAGCACUUCCUACAAAAACACGCCAGCCGCGCUCGCUCAUGGGAAAUGUAGUCGUGAAACGAGCUAAAGCCGUAAAACUACGCUAAAGCUCGUACUUUAGUGUGUUUUUUCUGUGUUGUAACCAAUCAAGAGGAAGGAAUCUGCGCGUGUAUCUUCCCAAAGGCCCCGUAAACACAUUUUAACAGUCCAUUAAAAGUUAUGUCCGUGUUUACUGACACAACAACGUCAGCCACAGUCGGCUAGCAGCUAGCUUAACGAGCUAUCAACGAUGAAGUCGGUUUCUUAUUGGGAGUGAGAAAUGGUACUUUCGCUAAACUGCCUGUGAAAGGAGCUUUUGGAAAACAGCUGUAGUUACACUGUCAAGUUUCAUGCAGAAAAUGAAACGCUUUGAUUGUUAAAUGAGAAAGUGCAAUAACGUUUAUUUGUUAGUUUUUGUACUUUAAAAGAACCUCUUUAGCAGGACUGUGUCAGAGGAUUUUUUAGACCCCCUCGGAAGGGGGGCCCUACAUCGAACCAAACCGAUAAACCCCCCUAGAAACAUAUUUAACCAAACCACAUUAUUCCAAUUGUUAAAACAACGCUGCUAUUACCAAAAUUAUAAACAAAGUUUAUACUGAGCACACACCUGAGGUAGUCAGGUUUAAGAUCAAACCCCAUCAUCAGACACAUCAUACAGACGUAACAUUGAGUCUUUGAACAAAUCUCUACCAUUCCACAGCUUCAGGCAGAAGGCUACUACGGAUGGGGCUUUCUUGGGUUGUUUCUGACUGUGGUGUCAUUGCAGUCUCCUGUAAAAACAUUCAAGAGGGGCCUCAAAAAUGUUGUUGCUAUUCACUAAUGUUUUCAGCUUUUCUCGGGCCCCUAUAACGCCCCUGCUCCUGGUAAUUGUAUCCUCGUUCCUGCCUUUGGUCUGACUCCUAGUAUCAAUCUUUAUAAAAAAAUAAUAAUAAUAAACGUGUAAAGUUGAGAAUGUUCUAAGUCUUGUUUACUGGCAACACUCAACACAUUACCACCUGGAGAAAAUAGACAUUUAUCUUGUGCUGUAUUUCUUUUACUGUAUUUCAACUGUUUAUUAUUUGCGACCUAUACGGAAAGUUUGUACAAAACACACUAUACAGUUCAUUCUAACAUAUUCAUAACAUAAUCCUUUCAUAGCUACGAUAUUGAAGAAACUUCAUCUAGGAAGCUUUUUCGCUCUUAGUCCUUUAUAAGUUGUAUUAUAGUCAAUUUUGUUGUCAUCUACACAUAAAUAGAGAAGAAAACAUACUUCUAUCAUACUACAUUCUCAGAUGUGACCUAGUUCUCGUUUUAUUAUUGAAAUGGGUGGUUAUGCUUACAUUUCUGUAACACGUGUAUUUAUUCAUUUCUUUACGACCGUGUUUUUAUUUGUUUUAUUGAAUUUUUUGUGUUUUAACUUGUGUGCUUUUUUAUUUGUGAAACAUUUUUGUUUUGAGUGUUUAUACAUUAUUAUUAUUAUGAUGAUUAUCAUUAUUAUUAUAAGAAGAAGAAUGAUAUGACUAUUGGUCAUAUGUUGUUGCUAAACUCUAGUUUAUACUAUCAACUCUACUAUAAAACUUGAAUAAAAAGUGAAAUUAUCCCAAUACAUAUUCUGAGAGUUAUAAAUCAGUUUUUAUACAUCUAUAAAAUAUGGUUAUAGCAUAUAAAAUGAUAUACACAUGGGGGCAGGGACAUUUUUGAUAAUUGAGCUCAAAAUAUUUUUACCCUAAAAGAAAUGAUCUAUUUGUUUACACAACGUUUCUGCUUUUCCUCGUGACCCGACAGCGAAUGCGAAACUGGCUUCAGCUUCAUGGCUGUGUUCUGCCGCAGCACGAGGGUCUGCGAUGUGUUACCGUGUUUCAGGAUGACUUCUCCUUACUUCUCCCAGAGCAGAUCCGGGGUCCCCCGGGGUGGAGUUCACACUGGUGGCCGCAGACCCGCCGACUCUCUGGGCUCCAGGCUCGGCCGGAGACGGAGGAACGUGGAUCCAGUCUCCUCCGUGGAGGUGAAGGUGGAGGUGGAGGAGGCGAGGAUCUCUGAGCCAAGACCCUCCUCGGCCCCCUUAUCAGCGGUCGGGUGCCAUAAACUCCUCCAACAGGCCAGUGUGCAACCGAAAACAGAAACGGACGCUCUCCUGCUGUCUUCGCAAGGCCGCAGGAGGAAACAAAUUAAGGUGGAAUAUGACGAGGAUCAGGGUGUUUCACUGGUGAAGACAGAACAGUGGGAACCUCCAGACUGGAAGAAACAGUUAGGUUUCAUUCGCGAGAUGAGGAGCGGUCGAGACGCGCCUGUAGACCACAUGGGAGCAGAGAAAUGCUACGACACAGACGCCCCUGCACAUGUGAGAAGGUUCCAGGUGCUGGUGUCACUCAUGUUGUCCAGUCAGACCAAGGACCAGGUGACGGCAGCGGCCAUGCAGAGGCUCCGGGCACACGGCUGCACAGUAGAGAAUAUACUCAGCACUGAUGAUGAGACGCUGGGGAAACUCAUCUACCCUGUCGGCUUCUGGAGGACUAAAGUGAAGUACGUGAAGCUGACCUCAGCCAUGCUGCAGGAAGAGUUUGGAGGGGACAUCCCAAACAGUGUGGAGGGGCUGGUCCGCCUGCCGGGAGUUGGACCUAAGAUGGCUCACCUGGCUAUGGACAUCGCCUGGGACCAGGUGUCUGGAAUAGGCGUGGACACACAUGUGCAUCGUAUCUCUAACAGGCUGUUCUGGCUCAGGAAGCCGUCCAAGAACCCAGAGGGGACACGCAAGGCCCUGGAGGAGUGGUUGCCCAGGGAGCUGUGGAGUGAGAUGAACUGGCUGCUGGUGGGUUUUGGACAGCAGGUCUGUCUUCCCAUCAACCCCCUCUGCUCCUUGUGUCUGAACCAGCACAGCUGUCCCUCGGCCCACAAGAACUCUCCCACCAAGAGGCCUAAAGCUGGAUCGCCACACUCUCCGAGCCCGAAGACUUCCGUCAAAACUAAAACUGAACCUGAAUUGCAAUGUGCUCUUAAAGAUGAGAGGACAAAGAAGGAGUCCCUGUCUUCACCUGUUUCCCCGACCACACAGAGGAGGCGGCUUAAAACCAAACUGAGCCACUGAUUCAUCGCAUAAGUUUUAGUUUCUGUGACCAAACACUGAAAACAGCAAUAUAAGCUCAAAAUCAUGAUUACAGUUUAUUUACCGUUCACAUUAAAUUAAAUAUUUUUGUACUGUUAGUGAUUUGUUUUUUUACCAAAUAAAAAAAGGAAUGUUAGAAAA